AUGAGAUGGAAUCAGAGUGCCCCUAGUCAAUUGCUACUUUUUGAGCCUUUCUUCCCUCUGGAGUCAGUAGUUGGGACCCAAACCUGAGCAUGCUUCUUCUUUGUGGAAAGUAACAAUCAUUGGACUUGGUGCUUCCUAUAUUUACAUCUACAAUCAGCUCUUAUAUGAAACAAAUGAAAGCAGCAAUACCUAAAACAGAUCGCCGUAUUGUUCCUUCCAUUCCUUAAAACUUGUCUAAGCUUGUUCUUUUGCCGAAUGUGUUAAUGGGAUCCAAAAUUGACUGGGAUUUCAUCUGGGUGUUGCUUCUCACCUUGUGUUGCUGCGGCUCCUUGGUGCACAGCUUGGACAACACUGCUGCUGCAUGUGAAUCAUUGAAUUCCUUGGUUCAAGAUUUUGCUUUCAGGUCACUGGUCAAACACAGGCCUCAAACUGGUGCUCUAUAUGAUGCUCUUCUUCCAAGGAACCUGUCCGGUAUGGAUGUUUCAGUAGUACGUCUCAGAAGCAGAAGGCUCUGGAACAAAGGUGCCAACUUUAGUUACUUUCAGAUCCCACCAAGAACCAUGUCCAUUCCCCAUGUGAGGAGGUUGGCUAUUGUCUACCAAAACUUGGGCAACUGGUCUUCCCACUACUUCAAUUUGCCAGGUUACUCACUCAUCUCUUCUGUUGUCGGCUUCAUGGUUUUUGAUGCCUCAAAUGUAACAGACACGAGUGAGAGAAACAUCACUCUCAACACAAUGGGGCAGCCCAUAUCUGUUCAAUUUCCCAACGUUACAUUUAUGGGUAGGGGUAGCAUCAACACAAGGGUGAGAUGUGUAGCUUUCAAUGCCAAUGGAACAUUUCAACUUACUGAGAUGAGUUCCCCUGGAGUGUGUAACUCCAGAGACCAGGGCCACUUUUCAGUUGUACUCCCAUUGGAGAAGAAGCGGGGAACAUGGUAUCUGUGGGUGAUUGGCUUUGUUGUUGGAUUUUUUGGGUUGAUCAUAGCGGGCUAUGCGGUUUUUUCUUCUAUGAGACUUCUCAAGACCAAGAGGAUUCAAGCCAUGGAAAAACAAGCUGGUGAAGAUCAGGUUCUAGAAAGUAGAUGGGUUGGCAACAGUAAAAUGCCCUCCGCAGCAGUGACAAGAACUCAGCCAGUUCUUGAGAGCGGUGUUCUUUAGUCCACUGCAUCUUCCCCAUAUAAUCUUUUGUCCAAUUACUCUGGUUACUUUGCUAAUACUGUUUUGUCUGUGCAUGUAUAACAAAACAAACAAGGUUCGUCCAUUCUGUGCAACGAACAAAGGAAGUGUAUCUGACUACAGAUGAAGGAAUAGUUUUGUAGAUAUUUC